CGCUUCUGAAGGUGAGAUCGUAUCUCGAAAUGUCGCGAAAACUUUGCAUCACCGCCGUGGACGGCCACACCGGCUUCCUCAUCGCCGAACUGAUCCUAACAGACGAAACUUUCAAGAAGAAGCUCGCCUCCGUCACAGGCCUCUCGCUCAAUCCCAAUGCCGACUCAUGUAAAGAGCUCGAAGGACUCGGCGCGAGAAUCGUCCCCCAUAAACCCGGUCGCCUGCGCGAUAUGGUGUCGACUCUCAAGGAUGUGGGCGCAGAUACCAUGUGCUUGAUCCCACCAGCGCACAAGGAUAAAUUCGACAUCACGGUCGAGCUCAUCGAGGCGGCCAAGAAGGCAAAUAUUGCAAAUGUCUGUUUCAUCAGCUCGGGUGGGUGUGAUCUUGCAGAGCGUGAUAGACAGCCCGGUUUGCGACAGUUUAUUGAUCUGGAGGCAAUGUUCAUGGCGUCCAAGGGGGAUCCGUCGACUUCGACUGGGCAUUCGCCUGUUGUUGUUCGUGCGGGCUUCUAUGCAGAGAACCUGCUGCUUUACUCCAAGCAGGCGCAGGAAGAAGGGAUCCUUCCGCUUCCUGUUGGCGAGACCCACAAAUUUGCCCCGAUCGCACUCGGUGAUAUUGCCCAGGUCGUCGCUCACGUUCUGACCGGGCAUGGGAGGCAUGGAUUCAGCGACAAACAUCGCGGACAACUUAUGGUUCUGACUGGACCGAUGCUUGCAACCGGCGAUGAACUCGCCACGGCUGCCAGCCAGGCCGCUGGACAAGAUCUCAAAUUCGAGAAUGUAUCCGAAGCGGAAGCGAAAAGAGUGCUACGCGCACAGUCCGACAGCGACGAGUCCGAGAUACAGUACCUGCUGGAAUACUACUCCCUGGUCCGCGAGGGCAAGACGAAUUAUAUUUCCACCACUGCCUUCCACGACGUUACGGGAGGCCAUCCACAGGAGCCGCCCGAUUUCUUCAAGGUUUAUUACGAGAGCUUUCAGCACAAGCCUAGCCAUAAGAAGCGGAAGACUAGCAAGUAGAUUGGUUGUUAUAUAUGGAACACGCGGCUAGUCAAAAGUUGGUUCAAUGAAGUGAAAUCUAAGUUAAUUCCAAGGUCGCUCUUGCAAUAUAUGCGGAAACCUACGUCUGGCUAGUAUAAUCUAUCUGCCCUGCUCAGGUGCAU